UUCUGUGUUGGAAUACUUCACACACCGUAGGACAUUAAGUUUACUUUGAAGCUACAGAGAAGCGAUAUGUGACAUCUCGAGAGGAGGAAAGGACUCUCGAUAACCCUUAUUCGGAGUUAGAUCGAGUGAUAAGACUUGACAAACCACGACCUAUCUUUACAGCAGAUAAAUCAAGGAUCGAACCUCCAGGUUCAGUAGACGAGCCAUAUUUGCUGUUGACAGCUGCUCUCGAGUAAAGUACAACAUUAUGUCUGAUUCAUCGACGUGUUUGUAAUAACGGGAUUAAUAAUGGAGUGUUAAUACAGAUUGCGAUAUUUCAUAAACUCGGCAUUUUGGGAAAUAAGUCUUGAUCUUUCUAUUUUUUAAUUGCUCUUUCCACAUUUAAACCAGGAAGUUUUCUUAACAAAUGCAUAAAAACAUAGAUUGAAACUCUGCUUUGUGUCCACUUGAUGAGUUGAUAAAAGUUGCGGAGGCAGUGUAGACGCAUACCGAACAACAUGAUGGAGACUAUGACCCUGGCCCACGGGCUUUCAGACGGACUAUACGAUGUCCCUCCGGGACACGGCCAACCCCACGGGUACCACUAUACCACGCCUUUGUGGCAUAGCACCAGGGAGGACCGAACCUGCCAGGUCUCUCUGAAUCCUACAUUAACACCACUGGAAACUCGGACGUCAGGUCAAACACAGGGCCAACGAAUAUCACCAGAGAAAAAUGAAAUAGAACUUCCAGAAAUAUCAGAUUGGAUAGAAGAUUCACGGGAUGGAAAAGAGUUCGAGAAACCAUCAAGUGAGCAAAAUUCUCAGAAACAAUCGCAAGUAGCGUCGACAUUAAAAUGGUUGACGGAGAACUACGAGAGAGCAGAAGGAGUAUGUUUACCAAGAUGUGUUCUAUAUACACAUUAUUUGGACUUUUGCAAAAAGAUGAAAUUCACACCAGCCGGAGCGGCCACAUUUGGCAAGAUAAUCCGUCAGAAAUUUCCUAAACUAACAACGAGAAGGCUAGGGACCCGUGGCCAAUCAAAGUAUCACUACUAUGGUAUCGGAAUCAAGGAAAGCUCGAUCUACUACCAUUCAGUCUACUCGGGCAAAGGUCUCACAAGAUUUUCUGGGAUCAAGAUAAAGACAGAGGGUUCCAACCGGAAGUAUUCACUGAGUUCCAAGACAGGGACUCUGCUUCCAGAAUUUCCUGAUGCAAACAAUUUGAUUUUACCUGAAAAUAUUACACGCGAAAAGAUGCAAACGUUUAUAAUGAUGUAUCGAACCCAUUGUCAAAGGAUCCUGGAUACAGUGAUAAGUGCUAACUUUGACGAAGUACAGAAUUUCCUACUCCACUUCUGGCAAGGAAUGCCUGAGCACCUCGUACAUCUGCUGGAGGCGGAGAUGAUUGUGGAUAUCGUUGGCCUUUGUGAUUCUAUAUUAUAUAAGGUCCUGGUAGAUGUAUUGAUUCCGUCUACAAUACAAGACCUCCCGGAUAGCUUGGGGACAGAGAUAAAGAUGUUUGUAAAACGACUUCCUCACUGGCUAGAAAAUGCCCUGGACAACAUUCCGGAAAGUCUGAAGCAAAAGAAACUUGAAGUGGUAAAAGGAUUUAUCCAGAGCAUCACCCGCCAAACUUCAUUUGUACACCUGGCACAGACGGCGAGGACGGCUCUUCUCAAUCAUGAUGUAGUGAAUCAGAUCAUCGAUGAUGUUACCAACAUCAACUUCCCAGAGAUCUGCUGCAGAGCUGGCUUCAUAGAGCCAUCGACCGCAUCGCAGUUCAAAGAUGACAUCAUGGAGUUUUAUGAGGAAUUCCAAGCCUUGCUGAGUAAACAAGCUCCGAUAGAGGCCUACACAGAGUGGAUGGACACUAUAGUAGAUAAAUGUGUUCUACAGCCUAAAAAGGAUAACGGAACAAAGUUCCGUGAGAGGGCGUCAAAAUUCCUUCUACAAUGGGCAAUAUUCGGUUCUCUGUUCAUGCGUGAUCUCACACUUAGAAGUGCUGCUAGCUUCGGAGCUUUUCACCUAGUUCACAUGAUGUUCGACGAGUAUGUUUUCCUUGUGAUGGAGACACAACAAGACCAGUCAAAGGAAGAUCUACUUCAACGAAAUGUACAACGACAUAUGAAAAAUGCAGAGGAAAUAAACAUGAAUGCCAAAGUUAGAACACCAUCAACAAAAUCUCAACACAAUCGCCACAACAGAAAGGAAAAACUUCAUGAAGAUCACUUUGAAGCAACAGAGGAAGCAGAGACAACUACGGCAGCUGACGAAAAUCAACCGGAUGUUCCAGAAGCUUACACGCCUUCAAACAUGACAGCAUUCAGUAGACCUAUACCCAAUUCCCGGGAACCGUCUCAUUUCUCUAUAACGGAGGACAGUUGUCGGUCCAAUGUUCCACAUGCCACCCUGCCACUAUCACCCCUGAAGCCCUACCCGUCCAUUAACACGGGGCCUUACGACAGACCCACCUAUCUACCACAGUACGGCAUCCAUGGCUCCUAUGGAGAUUACGUCAAUGGCGCGUCGUCUCUAGCAACCAGCAGGAUUGCAACCUUCAGCGAUACACAUGGACAAGCUUUUGCAUCAGUACCGUUUAACAAUAAUGUGCAACAGCCAAUGAGCUCGUACUGGACUGAUGGACGGACGCAUGCGGCUAUUCAUGACACUUAUCCCUACAGCUAUAAUAAGUUCCCUUCAACCUAUGAUACCUAUAAUAAAAGCUCAUUUAUACCCAGUGGAACCUAUCAGGACGCCUUCAGCAGGUCACGGUUCGAAUCCUCUCGAAGCUACCACUAUCGGCCAACUCAUGAUAACUUACAGGCUGUAGCCAGCCACCUAUCAAUGGGAGGUUAUAGCGGGAACUACAUGGACAUUGCACAACCUGGGUCUCAGUACGGGCGACAGGAUACCAUGUUAUAUCAGGACGAUAUCUACACUGGCGGACUCCCGACGGCAUUCCCAGCAGUGGGAAAAUCAUACCUGGCGGCUUCCUUCAGAUGAUGGCAGCUUGGGCCUGCAAAGGAUCGUGUCAGUGUUGGAUCCAAAUCCUCUGGAAUAGAAAUUGACUUUCUCUUUUGAAUUCAUGUUUUGAAUGAAUCGAAAGUAUAUUUAUUGAUACUAUUAUAAUAUUAAACAUUUUCAAUGAU